GGGUGACGUCAGAGGCAGAUGGCCGUUGCGCGGGAAAGGGAACAACCGCCUUCCAUUUUCCUCCACUGCGCAGGCCCGCCACCACAGCCUCCUUGUGCUUGCCCCGGCGCAUCCACACGCAUCCAGCCGAGCGAGGGAGGCGAGGCGCAUCAUCCAGGUUGGAGUGGCCGAGGGGAGACUGAGGAGAGGAAUUAUGUCCAUGGCGGUUUCUGGCGGCGAGGAGGACGGUGGUGGUGGAGGAGGUGGGGGUCGCCCUCGCCCUCGCCGCCAUCAUGGGGAACAAAGGAGUGGCGUCGCAACGGUCGUGGAGGGUACAAUGGACUCCUCUCCUUCGGCCCGCUGCUCCCUGCCUCCCCGCCUCGCUGCCCUGCGUUGCCUCGUGCCGAAAAUACUGAAUGGUCAGGAGCACAUUGCUGCAUUGGAGAAAUUAGCCGAGUCUUGGCUGUUAUCAAGUCCCUACAAUAAUAAUGCUUUUGGAGAGGAGUGUGAGCUGGUGGUGACCCUCCUAUAUACCAUCCUCACACUGCCAAAUGACACAUCCACUCUGCUUCCUCAUGAGUUCGUCUUCACCUUUCUGGAAAGAUGGGUGGAGGAUGGGGGUAGGAUGGAGUUUGCUGAAUUGACACAUUUCCUGAGACCUGAAUGGAAAUGUGGUUCAACAAAAGUGUUGUUCCUGCUAUGUGCAAACUUGAUGUCAGCUGACUGGGGUUCAUCAGUUCUUCAAACUGAUAGUGGAGUGGAGGACAAGGGCAGCCCUCCAGCAAACCUCCACUCAUCCUUGCUGGCCCUUCACCACACCACUCCUGAGGACCUCCCCAGCAGGGCCUGCUACUAUUUGUCUUGUAGAUUACUUAAGGCAAAGAAAUUUGUUGAGGCUGCUGAACACCUGGAGAAGCUGCUGGAUAUGGGAGUGCCAUCCAGAGCAUCCUUGGGCUUGACUCCAAGGUCUCUACUAAGGUUGGAGGACACCCUACCAGCGUUGCCAACCUUCACAACACUGGUAGUGCUGGCAGGGAUGGCACAUGCAUCUAGGGCCUGUCACAAAGAAACCAUCAGGAUCCUCGACAACAAGUUAUUUGGGAAGGGAGAUAUUGGUGGCUCCACAUUUUACGAUGGUCCUUCAGAAGAUAGAUUGAGAGUUGUUGUCACAGCAGCAGGACGGGUGUUGCACGCUGAGGCGCUGGCAGGCCUUGGCCAGGUGACAGAGGCCAUCAAGGAGUGCAUCAGGGUGGAGCAGGCACUGUGGUGGGUAAGAGGAGUCAGUGACAGUGAUGACAGUAAUGCCUCAGUGAAGGAGUGGAGUGUUAUCAUCCUGCUUAUAAAGACAACAGUGUAUAAGCUGAUGGCAGAGUUGCACAAGACCAGAAAUUGCCACCAGAACUAUCAGCACUACACUCGCCUUCCACAGCAGUGUCUUGCUCUUCUGGGAGAGUCUCAAGAAACACCAACCUGGCAGGACAUGUCCCCUUCUAACCAGCUUGUAAUGGAUAGUAUUUAUGAGUACUUUAAGAACAGAUCAUAUAAAGAGGGGCCAGCAUUGAGAUAAGGUUAGUGACUGCAUAUUCCAUUAAUGAAUGUGGGCAUAAAAACAUUUCAGAGAUUCUCAUUAAUGAACAUGUGUGUGUGUGUGUGUGUAGAGGGGGGACAUGUAUCAAUUACAUAUCAAUUUAUGAGUCAUAAUUUAUCAAAGUGCCAGAAAUAUAUGGGCUGUUACAUGUAGUUGUUAAAAAGUGGACAUCUCUUUCCAGUAUUGGAAAAAAAAAAAAAAAAAUACAAGGAAGAUAUACUUAC